UUGACAAAGUUAAAAUGCAACAGCCCAAAAUGGAGCCUAACAGGCAACCCGAGACUCGAAAAGUGCCCGUGGUUUAUUAUCUUUGUCGAAAUCGACAGCUCGAACAUCCUCAUUAUCUCGAAGUCUCGCUCGUUUCACCGCAUGGUUUAUACUUAAGAGAUGUGAUUGAAAGAUUUGAUGCUCUAAGAGGAAGAGGCUUGGCUUCAAUGUAUUCAUGGUCUUGCAAGAGAAACUACAAGAAUGCUUUUGUUUGGAAUGACUUGUGUGAAGAUGACUUAAUUGUUCCUGCUAAUGGAAAUGAGUAUGUUCUCAAAGGAUCUGAACUUGUCGAAGAACACGAUUCAGGUCAUUUGGCUUCUGCUAGAUAUAUGAAAUCACAGAAUCUAAAACAAUUACCUGAACAACACCCAUCGAUAACUCGAGCUGAGUGUUCAUUUUCUGCGAAUAUGAACUGUAAAGAGACUAAAGUUUAUGAUGAUGAUGAUGAUGAUGGUUGUGAUCGUUUGACAAGAUACAAGAUCUACAAGACUAAUGGCCUUGUUGAUUCUUCCACUCAAACUGAGGAAUAUGUUAAAGUUAAAAAACCUAAAGAACGAACAACAAGACUUUCCGUUGACAAUGGAGUUCUAGAAUCAUUAUAUGAAGAUUCGCCUCCAUCUUCACCCGGUGCAAGUUCGUUUUCUGGCAAGAUGGACACGUUGGAAUCUUUGAUGAAAGCCGAUGGUAGUAAGCUGAACAGCUCUGAAAGGCUUGUUGACAGAGAAUACAAAAAUCCAACCAACACAAAGCUCAGGGCUUCUAAUAAGUUAUUACAACUGAUCUCCUGUGGGUCUGUUUCGGGUCAAGACCAUGACUUUGGUCGAAGUUUGUCUUGCAGAUCGAGUUCCUUAAAUUCUAAAGUUAUGUCGCGUUUACGCUCAUCUUCUGUGAUAUUGAAAGAGCUUGAUUGCUUGUCAGAAAAUGAUAGAUUUGUGGAUGUGAAAUUGGAAGAUAAGCAGUACUUUAGUGGGAGUUUGAUGGAGACGAAAUCGCUCAAGAAAGAAGAUUUUGGUAGUCUAAAACGUUCUUCUUCCUACACCGCGAACAGGGUCAGUAAGUGUGAUUCAAGAUUAACCCGUAAAAACUGUAUACCGAGAUCGAUCAAGGGCUCACUAAUCAAACAUCCAAGAAGUCAAUCAAUGAGACUACCAGAAGGUCCUAAUUCAUGCACUCUAUCACCUUGUCUAUCCAAUAACAGUAGCAAGAGAAUAACAACAGCCAAGAAACAAACUAAGAGAACAGAAUCCUUCAAUGAUGAUAAGGAGAAUGUAAUGAAAAUCGAAGAAAGGCUUGCUUCAGGUGCCCGGGUUAUCAUCCACUUAAAAGCUAACGAUUCACUAUUGACAUCAUAA